AUGCAGCGUGCACUUUCAUCGCGGGCGAGGGCUUCUGUCCUAUCGACUGCUGCUGCUACCAAGUACCGAGCUGGUGCUGGUCUGUCGCAACAGCUUCGAUUCGCGCACAAGGAGCUCAAGUUCGGCACUGAAGGUCGAGCGGCACUGCUUGCUGGUGUGGAGACCCUCGCCAAAGCCGUUGCCACAACACUUGGUCCUAAGGGCCGGAAUGUCUUGAUCGAGUCGAGCUACGGAUCUCCUAAGAUCACAAAGGAUGGUGUAACCGUCGCAAAAGCUAUCACUUUGCAAGACAAGUUCGAGAACCUCGGAGCCCGACUCCUCCAAGAUGUCGCCUCGAAAACGAACGAGUCCGCCGGUGAUGGUACUACCAGCGCAACUGUGCUUGCCCGAGCCAUAUUCUCCGAGACUGUCAAGAACGUUGCUGCUGGUUGCAACCCGAUGGAUCUUCGACGUGGUACCCAGGCUGCGGUCGAUGCCGUCGUCGAGUUCCUCCAGAAGAACUCUCGGGUCAUCACGACAAGCGCAGAGAUCGCUCAGGUUGCGACCAUCAGUGCCAAUGGCGACACCCACAUCGGCGCCCUGAUUGCCAACGCCAUGGAGAAGGUUGGCAAGGAGGGUGUUAUCACCGUAAAGGAGGGCAAGACUAUGAGUGAUGAGCUGGAAGUAACUGAGGGUAUGCGAUUCGACCGCGGCUUUGUGUCUCCCUACUUCAUCACCGACUCCAAGGCCCAGAAGGUGGAGUUUGAGAAGCCCCUAAUUCUCCUUUCGGAGAAGAAGAUCUCUGCUGUCCAGGACAUCAUUCCCGCCCUGGAGGCCUCGACCCAGAUGCGCCGACCCCUUGUCAUUAUCGCUGAGGACAUUGAUGGUGAGGCGCUCGCUGUCUGCAUCCUGAACAAGCUCCGUGGUCAACUCCAGGUCGCUGCCGUCAAGGCUCCUGGCUUUGGUGACAACCGAAAGUCCAUCCUUGGCGACAUCGCUGUCCUGACCAACGGUACCGUCUUCACCGAUGAACUCGACAUCAAGUUGGAGAAGGCUACCCCAGACAUGUUCGGUUCUACUGGUUCUAUCACGAUUACCAAGGAGGACACUAUCGUCCUCAAUGGAGACGGCAGCAAGGAUGCUAUCGCUCAGCGAUGCGAACAGAUCCGCGGUGUGAUGAGCGACCCUACCACGUCGGAUUACGAGAAGGAGAAGCUUCAAGAGCGUCUCGCGAAGCUGUCUGGCGGUGUUGCCGUCAUCAAGGUUGGUGGCUCGUCCGAGGUCGAGGUUGGCGAGAAGAAGGACCGAUUUGUUGAUGCUCUCAACGCCACUCGAGCCGCCGUUGAGGAGGGUAUCCUGCCCGGUGGUGGCACUGCCCUGCUCAAGGCCGCCAGCCAGGCUCUGAAGGAUGUCAAGUCGGCCAACUUUGACCAGCAGCUCGGUGUUAGCAUCAUCAAGAACGCCAUCACUCGCCCGGCGAGAACCAUCGUCGAGAACGCCGGCCUCGAAGGAUCUGUUGUUGUCGGCAAGCUCAUGGACGAGUUCGGCACCGACUUCAACAAGGGCUUUGACAGCUCCAAGGGCGAGUACGUGGACAUGAUCGCGGCUGGUAUUGUAGACCCGCUGAAGGUUGUGCGAACCGGUCUUGUCGAUGCCAGCGGUGUCGCGUCACUCCUGGGUACCACCGAGGUGGCGAUUGUCGAGGCGCCGGAAGACAAGCCUGCCGGUGGCAUGCCUGGCGGCAUGGGCGGCAUGGGAGGAAUGGGUGGCAUGGGCGGCAUGAUGUAA